AUGGGGAAAGCUAAAGCACAUCGUAUCAAAAAAAUAGCCGCUCCGAAAGCAUUCCUGGAAGAGCAAGUCAACGAAAGACGAGUCUCGAAGAAAUCAAAACAGCCCAAGAUUCGUCUGCGGGCAGAAGAACGCAACUACGUCGAUUCGAAAACCUCGAAAAAAAUCCUAAAACAAGCUCGCAAACAACAAGCAGAAUUGAAUUUCCUCAGUAGCUCGUUUGGACCUACACCGGCAGAAUCUGGCUCAGCUAAAAAGCGAUACCGAUUGGACGACAACGCAUCGUCCGAUGAGUCUGAUUUAGAUGAUCGUGAGGAGGCGGACAUCGAUGGAGAAAAUUUGUACGAUGACAUCAAAAUUAGCGAAGAAGAUGAACGCGCGCUGCAGAUGUUUCAAAACAAGGAUGGUACGAAAACACGUACCUUGGCGGAUAUUAUAUUGGAAAAAAUGACGGAGAAACAAACCGAGAUUCAAACACAAUUCUCGGACAACGCUUCGCUGAAGUUGGACGAAAUUGAUUCAAAUGUGCGCGAGAUGUACAAAGGUGUGCGGGAUGUGUUGAAGCGUUACCGCAAUGGUAAGAUCCCGAAAGCAUUCAAGCUGAUUCCCAAGCUACGAAACUGGGAACAGUUUCUGUACAUUACGGAACCGCAGCAAUGGAGCGCAGCCGCCAUGUUUCAAGCAACGCGACUAUUUUCUUCUGGUCUAACGCAACACAUGGCGCAACGGUUUUACAACCUCGUGCUAUUACCACGUGUGCGUGAUGAUCUUGCCCAGUACGGUCGUUUGAACUUCUUUCUAUACCGAGCAUUGAAGAAGGCACUGUUCAAACCGGCCGCAUUCAUGAAAGGCAUCGUAUUGCCGCUCCUGGAAGCUGGGGAUUGUACGCUUCGGGAAGCAAUCAUCAUCGGAAGUGUGGUAAGCUGCACGUCGAUUCCGGUGUUACACACUGCUGCUUGUUUGCUGAAAAUUUGCGAAAUGGAAUAUUCCGGGGCCUGUUCGGUUUUCAUCCGUAUCAUUCUGGACAAGCGGUACGCGUUGCCCUACCGGGUUGUGGAUGCUGCGGUGUUUCAUUUCCUCAAGUUUGAAAUGGACAAACGUGAGCUGCCUACCCUUUGGCAUAAUGCUUUGCUAACGUUUGCCCAGCGAUACAAAAACGAUAUAUCCUCGGAGCAGCGUGACGCCUUGUUACAGCUUUUAAAGAAAAAAAGUCACUACAAAAUAACGCCCGAAAUCCGCCGAGAGUUGAUGGCAGCACGUUGUCGUGAUGUAGAAAUCGGUCAGAGCCUAGAUCUUGAAGGUGAAGUCGAGUUUGAGGAAGAUAAUGAUUUCACUCCAAUGGAAGACGAUACCGAGCCACGGAUUAGUUCUCAUGGAGCGGCAAAAUCCGCAACCAUACAUGGGAAGGACGAGGCGAUGGAUAGCGAUGACGAUGACGAUGAAGAUGAUUAUGAAGACGAGGAUGAAGAUGAUGAUGAAAAUCUAUAAAAUAAUAUAUUGUUGCAUUUUAUAUGGCAUAAUAUGCUGCGCAUAAA